UGAUUCAAUAAUUUGGCAAUUAAAAUCCGAAUGAAAGUAAUUUUUGAAAUGUAAGCGAGACAGAGGUAGAAACGAUGUAAAUAGAAUCACGUGGCAUGCGCACCCAAACACAAAGUGGCAACAACCGCUGCCGUAGUCCACAGUAGCCUCGCGCACGGCACAAAAUUAUUGAUCAGUUGGUUGUUUUCGGCCGGAGUGCGCAGAGCAGAGCCACACAGUCGGAGCCCACUGUUUUGACAGUUUGCUCCAGUUUUCAGUGCGCGCAUCGCACCGACGAGCAUGAUCAAUUCAAUCGCCGUUUAAUCGCACACGGCUGCCUCUCACGCACUGCGAGGGUGUGUAGUGAUUGCGCCAGCGAGCAACGCACUAUUCCGACGGCAUCGUGUAUGAAAAAUGUCUGAGAUACGUCAGCGCACGACCAAAGACGCCAAGGAGGCGAACCCCGAAUCCGCCGACAGUAAUCUUGAUAGCGAAGAUGACAAGCAGCACACGGAUCUCUCGAAAGACAUCCCGACUGGCACUGAUAAAGCGCCGUCUGUGUUGGCAGCACACUUGGAAUUCCUGCCGGAACGAUGGAGGAAUUGGGUGAUUCGUGGGAUUUUCAGUCUGGUGAUGAUCACAUUCUUUGGAAUUGUGAUUUAUGUUGGACCUAUUGCACUAAUGAUCACUACUUUGGUGGUACAAGUGAAGUGUUUUGCUGAGAUCAUCAACAUUGGGUACACUGUGUAUCGCAUUCAUGGUCUGCCAUGGUUCAGGUCACUGUCCUGGUACUUCUUGGUCACAUCCAAUUACUUUUUCUAUGGGGAAAGUCUGAUUGAUUAUUUUGGCGAAGCCGUAAAUCGACUUGACUUCUUGAGGGCUGUAGUUUCUUACCACAGAUUUAUAUCCUUCUGUCUAUAUUGUCUUGGAUUUGUCUGGUUUGUCCUGUCUUUGAAGAAACGUUACUACAUGAAACAGUUCUCUCUGUUUGCGUGGACACACGUCGCGUUGCUCAUCGUCGUCUUGCAGUCGUAUCUCAUCAUUAAGAAUAUCUUCGAGGGUUUGGUAUGGUUUAUUGUACCUGUUUCGAUGAUUAUCUGCAAUGACAUCAUGGCGUACAUGUUCGGCUUCUUCUUCGGUAAAACACCGCUUAUACAAUUGUCGCCGAAGAAGACCUGGGAAGGUUUUAUUGGCGGUGGUAUUUCCACUGUUGUUUUCGGUUUUAUUCUAUCGACGUUUAUGUCGGGACUUCCGUACUUUGUAUGUCCGGUUGCCUAUAAUGAGACCAUGCGCGCUAUAACGAUGGAUUGUGAACCCAGCUCUCUAUUUCAACCUGUCGAAUUGACUUUACCUGCAUCUGUUGCUGGAAUAUUUGCACUUAUUGGGGCACCUACAACGUUUAACGUGGUUCCAUUCGCUCUACAUUCACUCUCACUGUCAUUAUUCAGCAGUGUUAUCGGUCCGUUUGGUGGUUUCUUCGCAUCCGGGUUCAAACGAGCGUUUAAAAUUAAAGACUUUGGCGAUGUAAUCCCUGGUCAUGGUGGUAUAAUGGACCGCUUCGAUUGUCAAUUCCUAAUGGCUACCUUCGUGAACGUCUACCUCACGAGUUUUAUCCAAAACGACAGUCCGCAAAAGCUUCUCUCGCAAAUCCUCUACUUGAAGCCCGAUCAACAGCUCGAACUCUUCAACAUGCUGCGAAGUUCGCUGCUCAAUCGAGGCGUGCUCGAAAUACCAAAUUAAAUUCGUAACGAUUUAAACGUAUUUAAGUAAAUUAAUGAUACAAAGCUACGAAUGAUGCGGUAGGUAAUAUUUAUCUAUAUAUACUUUUAUCGAAGGAAUGUGGAUCGUUCCCCUUUGUCAAAACAAACAAACAUGAAACAAUAUAAUACAGAACCAUGCGGCCCGGACUUUUAGAGUGCAUUAGGAUAAGUAUGUGGUAUCCAAAUAGAGAGACAAAAAUAUAAAAUAUAAAUGAGUAUUUACGCAGUUCUCGUAGGCCCGAUCUUGACAUGAUUGUAUUCAGUGUAUUCUAGUUAUGUGACAUUCUCUCUUUUCGUAUCUGGCUUCAAUGUUCAUUCGAAGUGAUAUGGGUCCAGCUCUAUUCUCUGCUACUAGCGACUGUUAGAAUCAACAUUAGCUUUACUGGUUAAUUGUCUACUUAAUUGUUAUUCAAUGAUGUAGUGUGUGGGGUUCAAACAAAGCGGGUUUAAGUAAAUAAUUGCAACGUGCACGCCGUAUUUCCGUAUUUGUUGCGCAUACGAUGAAUAAUUUGUUAUUCAUGCGAAGAGUUUUCCCGAGUAUUGUACGUGUAUAUAAAUUGAUGAUUAUACAUUGAUUAUUUUGUUACCUUAAUUUUAUGAACUAUGUGAUUGUUGCGUGAGAAAAUGUCAAUAUGUUUUGCUCGACAACAAAGUAUUUAUGCGAUCCAUCAUUGCACACCAAAUUACCCGUUAGCUAUCUAUAUAUUUAUCUAACCUGGCUCGCACGGGGAGAUUAUAUAUAAUAAGUGAAUGUUGUAAUUUGUUGUUUACCACUAAACUUUUAAACUAAAACUAUCCAAAGAUCUAUGUUGUAAUGAUAUUGUACAACGCUGGGAGGACUGUGAAUUGUGUGAUGGUGUGUGGUAGAGAAACCGGAUGCAAAGAUAUGACUGAUUGUAAACAUUAAUAUAAAUCCAAAAGUA